UGAGCUCUGUUUUAUUAUGCCACUGCUGCUACUGCCUGAUCAUUCAACCACACAGCCUAAACUAUCAAGGGACAGAAGUAGUGCAAAAAAGGACAUUUCUCUUGAGCUGAUUCUGUCUGGAAUGGGAGGAGUUGUGUGGCACUUGGGCCUCCAGCUGUGCAUUGCUGCUGUGCUGCUCUUUGGUGGAGGAAGAGGGACAGAGCUCCCUGGCAGCCUGAGCUGCCUGAAUAACUACGUGACUACAGUGAACUGCACGUGGGUAACAGAGAAGCCCAUGGGUGAUGGACCUUUCCAGCUGCAUUUCACCAACCUCUGGUCAAAGGGCGACAACGCCAGCUGCAAACUGAMUGCCCCAGAGAGCAUGCAGAACCAGUACCACUGCACAAUUAAUUUAACCAGCCCGAUCUUGGAAACAGAUGGUUAUAGAGUGUCUCUCCAAGGAAACUUCUUUGGACGUAAUCAUACAUAUGUGACCUUUCCAGAGUACAAUCCCCGUGAGCACAUAAAACUCGAUCGACCUUUAAACAUCCAGAGCAAUGUCACUGCCAGCAAGUGCCAGAUAUGGUGGAGURUGUCGAAUGUGCCUUGGUACCUGGAUGAAGUUCUCCAACAUGAGUUGCAGUAUAAGGAGAGCAGCCUGUCCUGGGAGGUUGCAUUAACCAAGACACUACCCAGUUCACUGCCACAGGUAGAAAUUGAAGCUGCAGAGCUUCGCAGGGGCAUUGCUUAUGCUGCAAGAGUUCGCUGGAAAGUUUCUGAAAAUGAGGAUUCAUACCACAGUCAGUGGAGUGAGUGGAGUGAGACAACAGAGUUUCAGAGAGAAGGUGUCCCAGAAGUCUCUGAAAAGAUCCUAAAUACCAAAACUGUGCAGUUCUUAUUCAUACCUCUGAGUUUUGGCAUGCUGCUCUAUUUAUUCUGGAACUGCAAGUUUUCUUCAAGGGCAAAAAGCCUCACCUGCUUUAGCAUUCCCACACCAGCUACCUUCUUUCAGCCACUCUAUAGUUUGCACAGUGGGAAUUUUAAGGACUGGGUCGGACCGAAUAAGGCUUGUAGCCAACCUGAAAGAGAAGUGGUCAGCAACUCAAGCAAAGUGAAUGMAGAUAGAAUUUCUGAUCUAAACACCCAAGAACUGAUUUCCCAGAUCUCCUUGAAACCUACGGAAAGCACAGAUCUGGUUACUGCAGAAGAAAAUCUUGUGUUUACCUCAGGUCCAAGCCAGCAGUACGUCCCCAGCAGGUACAUAAGAGCUGAAGAGAUAGAGGUGAGGCCAGGACUGUUGUUGGCACCAAACCAUGCUGGUGAUACUGUUGGCUGGAAAAUCUCUGAAAUAAUUAAAGACAAUCUUGAGAGUCCUAGUGUUGAAGGGAACUAUCCCUCUCAGUCGCAGCAUGGAAAGGGUGAUUUUCUUAUGCUUCAAGAAUCUUUGGAGAUAGCAGAUGUGUCCUUCAGUAGUAGUGACUAUUGUACUUUGUGUGACAGUGMUACCACGGGAGGUUUGAUUUCUGCUGAACUACUGAAGCUUUCUAAUGGCAAUAGUUGUGUUAAACAUCAGAAAGACCAGUGACCUUCCCUGAGGAACACUGCCUACAAAGUCCUUUGUGAUCUGCUGUCACCUCCCAACACUGUCCUCCCAAGUGCCUUAAAUGGUGACUGUGCAGGCAGUUUCAAACAUGCACCAUUUUAAAAUAAAUCCUCAACUUCUGUACUUCUGAAGAAGAUUGUGACCAAGUCCUCUGUCUAGCAAAUGCUACCCCUACAGCCAUGSCAAAGCCUGAUUCUGGCAAUAUCUGCUGUCUCGAAGACACAUGGCCAUGCUGUUCCCUAAAUUAACCUUCUGGUAAGGUCCUGUAACCCUCUUGUCUAAGGAGGAAGCAGCAGACCUGCUUUUUUCCUCAGGAAGAACUAUUGGAAUUGUGCACCUCUUGGAAGCAGCAAUAUUUGCAAUGUGAUAUACUCUGAUUUAAACUCCAUAAUUUUGUAAAAACUAUGCAUGAUUUUUCAUAAAAUUAUGAGAAAAUAUUUUUGCUUAAGAAGRUAAUUCUGCUUCUUUAUGAUAUUGAUGACUUCAAGUAGUUCCUGAUUUGAUCAGAAUUUGUAAUUGCUCUAUUUAAAGAUAAUUAGACAGUAGGCCUUGUUCUUUAUUGUCUUGAAAGGCUGUAACUUUUUACUUUGCAAUAACUAAGCCUCAUGUAUUGCUUUGAUUUAAACAAACAUUUAUUUCAAGGUUAAGUGGCUGGGCUGAUCUAAUGGGGAAAGGUGAAAAACAAGAACAACAGCACACAUGACCUUUACUCAAUCACAGCACAAGCCAGGCCCACUGCCUCUCCAGGGCUUCUAUUAUUUCUCCAGAACUGAUGAGUCCUUUGCCUAU